CGUUCGUUCCAUUUUCUUUUUCGGCGAGCUAGGUUUUUCAUAGCGUCGGGAAGCAAUUUUAUUUUAAGGUUUUUGAUUACAUAUGUUAAAUAUGAAAAGUUUAUUUCAUAAAAUUAUCAUGAAAUAAAAUUAACUCUGUAAAAUACUUAUGUUGUUUAAAGAAAUGUAAGUUAAUUUUUAAUAAAAAUACAGUAUAAUUGAGUGUAAAACCUUGCCGGUCUGCCUAAAAAAGAACGCGUAUUGCAUAUCGACUAUUAUUUGCAACUUUUUUGUGUUUUGUGAGAAACUAUAGUUAUUCCUUUCGGUGGUGCAUUAGAACAAAUCACAAUAAAUAUGGCUGAUGGCGUUGUGCUUGAUUUAUACGCCGAAGAUUUGGAUAAAGAUUUUCCACCGCAAAGUCAGGAUGAGUUUUGUGGAGAUGGAGUAGAUUUAUAUGAUGAUAUAGGUGGUCCCAAUGAAAGUACUGUUGGUGGAUCUAGUGCUGCUGCUUCAGUCACCGGUGAUGGUUCCAAUGCUGGUGGUAGUGAUGGCACUGGAAAUGGGUCAAACGGAGUAUACCAUCAAGGAGGUGGUAGUCUAACUCCUAAUCAAGCGGGACGUCGUUUUCAACUUUAUAUUGGAAAUUUAACAUGGUGGACAACUGAUCACGAUAUAUCAAGUGCAAUGCGUGAUAUAGGUAUCACAGAUUUUCAAGAGGUUAAAUUUUUCGAAAAUCGUUCGAAUGGUCAAUCAAAAGGAUUCUGUGUCAUAUCAUUAGGUUCAGAGCCUAGUUUACGUAUGGUGCUUGAGCGUUUACCAAAAAAAGAACUGCAUGGACAAGCGCCUGUUGUCACUUAUCCAACAAAACAAGCAUUAAAUCAGUUCGAAAGUUUACAAAAAACACGUCCAGUUCCACCAGCACAAACUAAUGGACCACCACGUGGUCCCGCACCGCCAAAUAUGAACGUUGGCGGGCCUUUGCCUCCACAUCCUGGUCCACAAGGCGUACCUCCUGGGCAUCCAUCUCGUAUGAUUAAUCCCAAUAUGCCGCCUGGGCAAUAUAGGCCUCAACAUAUGCCACAAGGCCCUCCAGGUGGUCCAAAUGCAGGUCCACCAAGAAUGCAGCCACCAAUGCAUCAGGGUGGACCAAUGGGACCACAACAAGUGUUGCAAGGUCCACCACGUUAUCCGCCAAAUCAAGGACAAUGGUCAGGUCAACCACGGCCAAAUGGUCCAAGACCAGGUCAACCGAAUGGGCCACCACAACGCGCUCAAAUGUUCCAGGGUCCUCCUGGCGGAAUGCCUAUGCGUGGGCCACGACCUGAUUGGAACAGACCGCCUAUGGGUGGUUUUCCACCACAGGGACCACCCGGUGGGCCACCACAAGGUCCUCCUCAUAUGCAAGGACCACCACGUGGUCCUGCUCCACCAAAUAUGGGUGGACCAAUGCCACCACCAGGAGGUCCUUCACCGCAUGUAAAUCCAGCGUUCUUUAAUCAGCCUGGCGGUCCUCCUAUGGGUGGUCCACCGCAUGGUCCACCUGGUGCACCACAACAAUCAAUGGGUAUGCCACCACAACAUGGUCCACCGCCACAUUUCGCACAACAGGGUGCACCACGAGGUCCAUGGCCUGGACCUCCACAGGCGAAACCAGGCCCUUACUCCGAACAACCAAUGGGUCCGCAAUUGUCAGAGGUCGAAUUUGAAGAGAUAAUGGGCAGAAAUCGCACUGUCAGUAGUUCAGCAAUUGCAAGGGCUGUUUCUGAUGCAGCUGCCGGUGAAUAUGCCAGUGCUAUUGAAACUUUAGUUACGGCUAUUUCAUUAAUUAAACAAUCAAAAGUGGCACAGGAUGAACGAUGCAAAAUACUGAUAAGUUCAUUACAGGAUACAUUACAUGGCAUUGAAACAAAAAGUUAUAAUCGGCGCGAACGUUCAAGAUCACGUGAAAGAUCUCAUCGCAUACGGCCGCGUAGAGAGCGUUCAUCGUCACGUUAUCGCGAGCGUUCUCGUGAAAGAGAAAGAGAAGGUGACAGAAGGAAACGGGAUCGCUCACGUGAACGACAUCGUGAAAGCAAAGAGCGUGAUGUUGGUUACCGUGAACGCUCUAGAAGUCGCGAACGUGAACGUCAAGUUCCUGACCAUUACAGAGAUGAUAGCUCAAGCCGUUCAGCACGUCCACGUAAGUCUCCAGAACAAGUCGUAGAAGCAUCCGGCGAAGCACCAACAAAACGAGGUUACUACGAGGAACGUUACCGUUCAUCUGAUCGAGAUCGUGAUCGUGACCGCGAAAGAGAACGUGAUCGUAGAGAAGAGCAUCGUUCACGACAUUAAUUAGAAUAUGACCGUACAUUACAUAAAAAGAAAUAAUCAUUAAAAUAAAUCAACAUAAUAUUUAAAUAUAUGCAAUUAUAAACAUUUACAUAUUAAUAUUCCUUAUUAGCUUAUUAAAAGCGCAAGGAAUAAGAAUUAAUAAUUCAAUUAAUAACACUAGAGCCUAACAAAAGUUUUCAUAAUACGAUUAGAUGAAUAAAAUUAUUUAUGGACGUCUAUAGAAAACAUUUAAGGAAAUGUAUAUACAUACUUCAAGCUUUCAAAUCAAUUAUGAAACUAAUUAAAUCGCAAAUAUACGUAUUUAUUUCAUAACCAGUGUUGAAGGAGACAGCCGAAACAGCUUACGGAUCCAGCAAUAAUAUACACAACUAUAUAUAUUCAUCGCAAAUGCUAAACAUAGCAACAAGCAAUAUACAGCGCGUGCGCUUAACCAACACAUGAAGAUUGUAUAUUACAUUUCGGUUUAUUUAAUAAAAAUAUAAUUAAAAGAAUGUUAAAAAACUAAA